AUGUUUCGUUCUAGAAAGUCAAGAGAAUCGCGUUCUAUUGAUCCUGGUGCUUUGGUUGCUGCAAACACCAUUGGGAAGGCACUGGUACCUUCUAAGGAUUCGUUUGGGGGCCAGGUUGUAGAUAAGAGUAAGAUUCCCAGGUAUAACAGUAUAAGUGGCCGUUCCUACUCGAUGGUAAACAGUCCCAAACCAAGUUCUCGUCGGAACUCUGUGAGACAUGCUAGUGAUACUGGAGAUCGUUCUUCCAGGUAUGGCUCGAUGCGUUCCGUACAGAGUGGUAACAGGGUUGCUCAAAGCGAUGCAGACAAGGUUUUCCAUGAGUUUGGUGGUAAUGAGGCCAAAUAUGUGCUAGGACCCAGUGGUCUGGUACGUGUUGAUAAUGACAAUAAUGAGCCUAAAAUGGUAUCUAGAUACAUUCCUAGCAGCCAUGGGUUGGUCAAAGUCGAAGUUCCUUUGGAACAGUACGAGGCUGAGAGGAGAAACAGUCUUAGAAGGUCGACUUCUUUACGUGGUGGGAUGACUGUAAGAAACUCACUUUCUAAUAAAAGGAGUCAUGCCUCUUUAAGAGCAAACUCAAUUGGACAUAGAACACCUUCUGGAACCCCAUUGAAAAAACUUACAGAAGUUCCUACCGUUGAAGAAAAAAAAGCGGAUAUUACUCAUUAUAGGUCUUCGCCAUCACCGGUGCCUAGAAUCACAAAGACUGUCUAUGCAACUACAGCCAAAGAAACAUCAGCUCCAGUCGAAGAAUUCAAACCCCCAUCCUUCGGUAACGGUACUGCAUUACCACAGACUCCUGAAAGAGCUAUCACUAAAGAUUUGAUAGACUCAGCGACAGAAGAAGAACAGCCAAAAAUUCAUACUGAUCUAAGCGUUACCAAAGAAGCUGUUGAACAAAAGAUCGACCUUGAUUCAAAGCAAGUGGUAGAAGAAGAACACGUUAUUCUUACACAUCAGAAGGAAGUUACUUCUUUGCCAGAUGAAACGAUUAAUGCCGAGAAGGAAACUGACAAGGAAUCUCUCAAAAAAGCAGAGCAUAACACAUCUAAAGUAGAUAUUCCGGAUUCAAAAGAAAAGGCUCUUCCUGGCAACGAUGGUGUCCAGGAAACUAUAGUUGAAAAAGUGGUUGAUGAAGAGGAACAUCAAAUUGAAGUUCAAGAUCCUAUCGUUGCUGAACGUCAAUCAGAAUCUCAACCGGAGUCCCAACCGGAGUCCCAACCGGAGACAGGCAAAAGCACCCUCGCUCAGUAUAUCAGGUCCGCUAAUCCAGAACUCCAGAGAGUUAAUGAGGAGGAUGCUCUUGUUACCCCUAAGAUUCCAUUAGAAAAGACUCCUUCACCUAUAAAAUCCGCAAUGAAGAAAACAAACCACAACAGCCAACAACUUCAACAACAAUCUCAAGCUUCAAGCGCAUAUCUGUCUUUAACAACAAAGGAAAACACUAGGUUAAAUGCGCAACUUUCUCACGAAAGUUUGAGAGAAACCGCCAGCAAACAACAAGCACAAAAUCAAUACCGAAGACAGCAACAGCAAAACCAGCAGCCUCUAGCUCCUAAGAGAAAUUCUCAAAGACCGCAAUCAAUGAUGGCUCAAAGAGUUAAUGGUGAUAGACGUUCUUUCAUGCAGAAUAAUUCCGGUGUUGCUUCCCCUCGCGAUGCUAGACCUAGAAGUGUCGUAGGGAAGCCGUCCAACAAUGCCAAAUCGCAACAAAAUAGUGGACUUUACCCAAGGGAACCUCCUCAAAAGCGUUCAAGCUUCGAAAAGCAAAGACCGAUGUCCACCAACCUUGGAUUUAAAAACUUAUCGUUGAGAGAGGAUCCGCAACUCACUGACCAGUACGAGCAGCCUCAAGCCCCAUUCCAACCACAUCCACAACAAAGACAAUCUAGAAACUCAACCCCUGUUAAAAGUGGAGUAACGUACAAUGGUGUACAGUAUGUCUCCGGAUCAGUACCACUGCCUGCUUCCAAUACCAACAAUAACAAACCAAAAGCGUCGUCAAUUGCUCAUGGAUUCAAAUCAAGAUUUGCCGACUCUGAUUCGGACGAAGAAUCCGCAAACCUACAGUUCAGCAACCAAGGGAGUCGAUCUACUCAAGUUUCAAGCGAAUAUGAACCGGCACCUCCUCCACCCGCGCCAUACAAUCCUCAUGCUACUUUGAGACCUCAGCCAGAGCCUCAAAUAAACGCAACUCACACUACUGAGAAGAAAAAGAAGAACAACUUCAGCAGUAAACUAAAGAAGCUUUUCGGUAACAAGAAACACUGA